AUGGCGUCCGGAGACCAGAGAAGCGAAUUGGACAAAGAAAUGAAAAACGGUGUGGUGGAUCAAGCCGCUGACGACUCUCAAACAUCCGAUAACGAUGGCGGCGAGCGUCCGGUCCGAAACAAGCUGAAGGAGACUACCAUUACAUCUGCUCCCCAAGCAUCCACAGAAACGAGUACGGACCAGCGCGACGAUUCUAGCAGGGCGAGCAGCCGAGGUAGGAAGCGGUCGUUUGAUGACGAGGAGCCGGAAAACAACGAUGAGGAAGCUGGUCAUAGGCGGAAGCGAUCGAGAGAUUCGGCUACGGAAGAGCCGCCAACUCAACCGGAGGAGAAUCAGUCAGAGCAGUCGCAGGACUCGGCAAGCACAUUGAAGAAGAAGAGAAGCAGGGACCAGCUGGACAAGGACGAACCGAAAACUGAAAAUAAGUCAGAGAUCGCCGAAACUAAGGAUAGUUCGGAUAAUGCCCCAGUAGCAGCUAAGGUCGCAGCUGAAGGGGAACCCGAGAAGAAGCGGCAUAGGGAUGGUGACCCGGCGCCUCUACCUAGUGCAUUCGCGAAUGCGUCGGCUGUGUCUCCGUUUGGCGCAAUCGGCACCUCAACAUCGAAACCGCCAGCUGAAGAAGCCAAACCCACUACGUCUUCAUCUGCUUUUGCCUCGUCAAGCCUAUCUGCUUUUGCUGGCUCAGAGCAAUCCCCCUUUGGGUCUCUCGGUGAAUCUACGCCAUCUGUCCUCAAAUCUUCAACGGAAUCGAUUCCUGCCGAGACAGAAAAGCCCGUGGCAACUGGUUUUGCCGCUGCUGCCAAGCCGUCUGGUGGUUUUGCAGCUCUAGGGUCCGGGUUUUCAGCAUUCAGUGGCGGCUUUGGGGCUGCUAGCUCAGGCGCUGGUCUGACUAGCUUUGCUGCCGCCACAGCUCCCAGCACUUUUGCCAGUACAAGCUCGAAGCCCUUUGGCGCCGAAGCGGACUCGGACGAAGAGGAAGAAAACGAAAAGGAAGAAGAUAGCGGACCCGCCGAGUUUGAGGCGGAUAAAACUGAUGAGAGAUUCUUUGCGCGACAGAUCGAGACCGGUGAAGAGGAGGAAAAGACAUACUUCGCUUGCAAGGCCAAACUCUUCCACUUCUCAGACAAGGAAUGGAGAGAGCGUGGCCUUGGUAAUUUCAAAGUCAAUGUCAGGGUCAUUGACGGGGUUGAAGACAAGAAGUCGGCCCGUAUGGUCAUGCGUGCAGACGGAGUCCUCCGUGUCAUGCUGAACACUGCUCUGUUCAAGGGUAUGAAGGUUGGUGAUGGCGAAGGCAAGGAACCAAAAUCCAAGCAGAUCAUCUUGGCAAGUUUAGAAGGAAACCGCUCUGUCCCUCUUUUGCUCCGGACGGGGAGUGAAGACCAGGCCAAGGAGCUAUAUCAUACGAUCCAGGAUUUGUUGGAACAUCAAUAA